GUGAAAAAGUAAUUAAGUAAAGAAUUUGGAAAGAGAAUCUAUAACUGAAGAAGCAAUUACACGUAAUAGCUGAAUUAGCAUCAGCCUAAGGUAAGUAAAUUGAUUGUCAUUAAGUACUAUGAAUCAUGCAAGGUUAGUGUGUAAACUAACCUUCACAAAAUGUAUUUCUAGGAAAGAAGUAGAUAGAUAAAUAUCAAGAGUAGAUAUUUGUACGCUUAUUACGCGAAAGAAUGUACAAGUUUAAACAAGUCUAAAACAAUUAUACAACGUUAAGAAAAAAGCUGACCAAAGGAAGUUGUUUUAAAUCACAUUUUUUAUUAAUAUGGACUCCUUAAGGUACACUAUGUCAGACGAGGGUGCCAAUUUUACUUAUGAGAAAUUUUGUGCGAUGUGUAAAUUACUUUUCAACAUGAACAACAUUGACGAAAAGGACGAAUGGAGGUUGCGGGAGAUUUUUGACUUAUUUGACCUAGAUAAAGAUGGCGUGUUGAAGGAACGAGAAAUGAAGAUAUUUUCGGAUUGGACACAAAAGAUAAAAGAGUCUAAAUACGCUCUUUUGAUCGUAGACGUUCAAAAUGAUUUUAUUGAUGGCUCCUUAUCUCUUCGUACUUGCGAAGGCAAGCAGGAUGGAGUUGAUGUGGUGGGGCCAAUUAAUCAUUUAGUGCAAAAUGGAUGUUUCGAUAAAAUUAUUUAUUCGUUAGACUGGCAUCCGGAAGAUCAUAUCAGUUUUUAUGAAAAUUUACAUUUGCGGAAAUUGCAUCCUGAUUCAAAGGUGAAAAAAGAAGAUGCUAAGCUAUUUGAUACAGUUAUAUUUGCGGAUCCUUAUUUGGAACAAAUUCUCUGGCCUAAGCAUUGUGUGAUGAACACAUGGGGAGCUGAAUUACACAAAGAUCUUGUGAUUGCACCAGAUUCAGUACAGAUACGUAAGGGUCAAAACCGAGAUAUGGAGGCUUAUUCCGUGUUUUUUGAUAAUAAUUUUAAAGGAUCAAUGGAAUUACAAGAAAUUCUAAAGAAACACGGUGUGGAUCGCGUUUUCGUGUGUGGCCUUGCUUAUGACAUUUGUGUGAAAUCAACAUGCUUGGACGGCCUUCAAUUAGGUUACGCAAUAGCUAUUGUCAAUGAUUGUUGCCGCGGUGUUACUGCGCCUGAUACUGAAGCGACUAAAAAACUAAUCUGUGAGAAUGGAGGUUUGAUUACUAACAGCAAUGAUGUUCUUGCAAUGGUAAAUGAAGGAAAACAAAGCCUCGUUUUGGCUCAUAAAAUUGCAAAGUCUAUGACUUCAAUUGAAACCUGUGAAAAACCAGAAAAUAAUAUUUCAUAGUUAAUUGAAAAAAAUUUAGAUUGUUUCAAAAAUAGGUUGUAAUAAGAUCUCUGAAUGAUCUAAAACUUAUUUUUUAUAUAUUUUUUCAAUAUUUAAAACAAAUCAUUUUAUAUAUAAUGAAUUAUAUAUA